CUCAGCGGCUAGCAGGAAAUGAGAAUAUCACCUCAUCAUCCCUCAGCAGAUCUUUCAAGAUCUAAAAUCUCUUGGACAUCUACUAGAGCUUAUUUGAACUUACCUAUCCCUACAGUCACAAUUUACCCACAACACCACCAUCAUUAUCACCUUACCUACCGACAGGGUAUUUAUUAUAAAGAUAUAUUUAUCCCAUCUUUGUGAACAAAUUUAAUUUUGAAGUCUUUUUGGCCCUUUUUGGCCGUUUAACUUAUAUUUACUCUUCCUUUCACGGUUACAACCAUACGGCGCUCGACGACAGAGUUGCAAAUCCGUCCUUUUCCGCCGUCUAUCUUCUCCCCUUAACCAUUGUUCACAAUAAACUUUUUAUACAAUAUCGGUACUCGAGUGGAAAUAUCUUCUCGAGGUUCUACCAAAGUCGUUUUUUGGACCGUCAUAUAUUACCGCCCCAUUUAUUUUAAGAAUCCCAACACACUUUUCUUUUUCUUGGUAUCCCCCGCGUUGGCCGCCAUUUCCAAGUCGAGUUUCGUCUCCUGUGAAAAGACAUAAACUUGAAACGACGUAGGUUGAAAAAGUACCACCAAGACCAGGUAUAACCAUCAUCUCUCCUCCUAGCAUAAUUUUAAUGAUGAGGAAGGUUUUCUGACUUAUACAUUCACAGUCUGAGAUCCCCCAGAAAUUAAAUAGGCAAAAGACAUACAUACAUUAUUCUACUUUAUGCCCCCAUAUCUCGAGGAAUUCCAUAGCAAUCGCGAAAUUUCCUUGACUCUCCUGCCAAUUUUAUUAUAUAAAGCUUGCAUGGGAUUAAAGUGUCUUGAAGUCACGAUCCAUUAAUAAAUCAACCUUUCAUAUCUACUCAACAACUUCAACCGAGCCAUCCACUUCUACCUCGCCUGCUCAAAGGACCCAGGUACUGGGUCCCACAGAAGCACUCUAUAUCCUGGAAGAAUAAGGAUACUUCGUGCCGAAGAAUAAAGACGAUUGAUUCGUUUUAAUAACUUAGUCCCUUUAUUUGCCCGGAGUCAAUAUGCCUCUUAUGAAGAAGUUGUUCCCAUCUAGGGAAUUGGAAAUCGAAAGACCAAUUUCAAGAGCUUCGAAAAUCUCAAAUUUUGCCAAUUUCGAGUACCACGACGAUUCAAACCUUGACAGCAAUAUGGACGCGCCAGUGAUGAAUAGGUCGAGGACCAAGAAGAAGCCUAGCAUGCCCAAAGUACCUUCUAUCCCUCGCAGAAGCAGCAAAAGGAUUUCUACAAUAUUAAAUAAUGUUGUGUCGGAAUUAAAGUGUGUGGAUGAAUUCGAGGCUACGAAACAAGUGGUAGAGGAACCAGAACCCGAAAUAUCAGAUCCUCAUGAAUUAUACCUCUCGAGUGAAGAAGAUGCUUCACUCUCGGACACAGACACCCUCCUCGAUUUCGAAGUUGCUACUGUUACUGAAUAUAGUGGUCCUCGAAGUUCCUCUCGCGCAUCUGCUCAAGAUACUGCAAGAGUAAUUUCAUUUACUCUUGUCUCAAAACCUCGAGUUAUAGAAAUCCCCCGUCCGACAAGUUUUCACUCGAAUCCUAUAUUUCGCAAUGCUUGUCCUGUGACCGACUACCAAAUCCGUCACUCGGUCGCGGACAUCGCAUCAUUAGCACCACUUCCUGCGCCACAACCACCGCGACGAAGCUCUAGACAAAGCACACCGCUUAGAAAAUCCGCGCGUCGCCUCUCCAUCUCCACUAUCGGUGCUCUUUCCAAACUCAACACAAGCCACGACAACGCCUCCAGCAUAACACUUCCUCAACAACCCUCUAAACUCAAUUCCGGUACAAACUUCCUGCAACCGGCUUCUGCCACCUCAAAUGCAUCCCCUCAGCAUGCCUUUCUCUCCUCAGAUCCAUUCCCUUCGCCCACACCCUCUCCCCAUACCGAAAAUCGUCCAGUCUUUCCCGAACCCGAACAAAAUUUCCAAUCACGCCGACCAAAAUCCAUGCACCAUGAACGUCCCAAAACACCUACCAGCCUCAUGGAAGGUCUCCAAGGACUCACUCGCUCUUUCACCAAAUCCGCGAAGAAGCGUCCUAGUAUGCCGAAAUUAAACUUAGCAUACACUCCCGCUGUAGUACCUACCGCUCACAGCAAUACCUCGAGAUCAUCCUUAGCUCACAGCAAUACGUCUAAAACGAGCUUGCACACAGUAGAUGAGCGAACACCCAAAGAGACUAAAUUCGGAAAUAUGAGGAGAUCCUCCACAGUGCCUCUGUUUAUGCACGAAGAGAAGGAAAAGGUAAAGAGAACACAGGAAUCGCAAUCGGCGAUCGAUGAGAAGGUGCCGGUCAGAUAUGAAGAUAUCAUGAGAAAUGUUAUCCGUGAGGCUCCGCCAAACCCACCAAUUACUCAGCAGAAUACGAGUAGUCCGGGCCUGAAGGGCUGGAUGGGGAUGGGGAUGGGAAAUAGAAGGAAGAGUAUGAAAGGAAAUAAGCUCUUCACAUUCUAAGUCUAACACUUGACAUACAUAUCCAUAUACCAUUUGUUUAUUUUGUUAUUUUCUUUUAUUUGUCUUUGCCACAGCACGACUCGCUCUGCUCUACGAUACGAUCUUCAUUCGUAAACUCGUUUAUCCACCACCACUGCAAAUUGGGCGAUUUUCCUUUCGGCAUAGGAGUUCUGGGAUGGGAUUACCGGUACAACACAAUGACCGCUACGGAGGCUAUCUAUCUUGCUAUUUACUUGUUUUGCUCUAUAUUUUUUUUUCUUUGUUUCCGCAAGGCGUUUAGGAUAGGCUAUCCUAUCGGAGGGAGAGGAAAUACCUUCGCUUCUUACCACUUUUACUAUCUCUGCCCGCGCGCAUUGCAUAUGUUUACCAUAUCUCGUUACUGUCACAUAUCACAGUGAAUGGAUUGAAAUUUUUGGAUGGAUUAUUUAUGGUGUUGGUGGGUGGGAAAAAAAUCCUAGAUGGAAGGAAAUGUGUAAUUUUUACUUGCGGGGUGGUGGGAUUUGAGUCCGGGAGACUUUAGAAGGACUUUUGAAAGGAACUUUGUUUUGGGAGGGAAGCUGAAAAUGCAUAUGCUUGCAGGCACAACAUGAGAUGAGUUGAGAUGAGUCGAGACGGGAUGGAUGGAUAGGAUGGAUGGAUGGAUGGGAUGAGAUAAUUGUGUUUAGCAUAGAUAGCGUAGUGUAGCAUAGCAAAGCAUAGCAUCGAAGAGUUAGCAUAGCAUAGCUUAGGAGUAGUGACAAUUCAGCAUU